CAUUUCUCCUUCUGAAAACGAAAAAGCCCAUUGCGUAUUAGAACAAUCUUGUCUGUUUUGUGAGCAGUACUGUAGCAGCAACAAGGAAGGAAGAAUGGCGCAUCUUGGCAUCUAGAUGGAAAGUAUCUCCCAUCAACAACCUAUAACUCAUAGGUAGGCAGCAGGCAUGCAUGGUUGGUUACAUAAACCUCACCUCCAUGGCUCCAUUAGUAGCAGCAAGCCACACCAGCUCAAGUGAAUUGAGCAACCGUUCUUAACAGUUCAUACUCCUUUCAGAGAGCUUUGCUUGGCCAUUUCGAGUAAGGAGGAGGGAUUAGUGCAAGUGAUUCUUCUAACUAGGUUGUAUUAUUAGAAAGCUGCUGUAGCGGUGCAGCGAGUUUGAGGGCGCCAUGGGAGCCGUGGUGUCGGCGCUGGCGGGAGCCAGCAGGGAGAGGCAGAGCAGGAGGAGGAAGCAGUUCCACACGGUGGUGCUGAAGGUGAGGAUGGACUGUGACGGCUGCGAGCUCAAGGUCAGGAACACUCUUGCCAAAAUGAGAGGGGUGGAGUCGGUGGAGAUCAACCGGAAGCAGCAGAAGGUGACGGUGCAGGGGUUCGUGGAGCCCCAGCGGGUGCUCCGGCGAGCCCAGUCCACGGGGAAGCGCGUCGAGCUGUGGCCCUACGUGCCCUACACCAACCCCUACGUCGCGCCGCCGGUGUACGACAAGAGGGCGCCGGCGGGCCACGUCCGCAGGGUGGACGCCCUCAUCGCCCCCGCCGCCGGCCGCGAGGAGGACCUCGCCACCAUCUUCAGCGACGACAACCUCAACGGCUGCUCCGUCAUGUGAUGCUAUCUAUACAGAUAUAUAUAGCUCAUCGAUCACAGAAGGGGCCAAGAUUUGUGUGAGCACUAUGUGCGUUUGUGCGCGGUACCGCAGGUUUUUGCAAGAGCAUGUGCCUUGUUUAAUUUGGAUGAAGAAACUAUAUACUUUCUACUAGAAAAUUUACGAACGGGAUUAAUUGAUGAGGGACUUUUGUAGCUUUCUAUUCGAUGAUUCCUCACCUAAAGUUUUUUAA